AAUGCUAGUUGACUUAAUGCAAAUAUGUGCAACGAAUUUAAACAAUAUGAAACGAACGAGACAAAGUUCGCCGGGUAUUUAACAGAGUUGCAGCUACGAUGACAACGUAGUGUCUAGAUCGGCGGAAAGACUUCUGACGGAUCAAAGAUAUCGGACUGCGGUGUGAUAACAUUGCCCUCGUGAGAAUUCGUGGUAAUCGACACGACGAUCGGUACGAGAAACUGUAAAAGAGAGCCGCUCUUCGCGGGAGAACCUUAGUGCGCCUGUGACACUUGUGAUGCAAGUGGUGUUAGCUUCACCACCGGAAACCAUGUCAAGAAUACGUAUCCAUGACUCCACCGCUUCGACAUUAUGAUUACCUGAUCUGAUGAAUCGUCAUCCCCUUGUGAGUGUCUGAUUCACGCCAGAUUUCAAUAUUUCGCCGGCAGCAUUCGAGAAUGUCCAAGAAGCAAUGGUUGGUCCUGUUGAUGUUGUUCCUUACGUACCUGUUGCUCGGCGCCUCUAUAUUUUACCACAUCGAAAGCGAGGAAGAGGAAGAGAAGAUUGCCAAGGCUAAAAUAGAACGCAUUGAGAUUAACCAAUUACUUCGAGAUCAUUACGUGUCCAGUAUUGGUCAUACCCAGAAAGAGAUUUUCGACAAGCUCACCGACUACUGCGGCAAGCCAGUACACAAUUAUACGGAGGGCGAAGUUGAUCCUCAUAAAUGGGAUUUCUACAAUAGCUUCUACUUCGCUUAUACGGUCGUCAGCACCAUCGGAUAUGGUAAUCUAGCACCCACAAAUACGCUUAGCCGCAUCCUGAUGAUCUUCUACGGCCUAGUGGGCAUCCCGAUGAACGGGAUUCUGUUAACGCAGUUGGGUGAGUUUUUCAGUCACGUGUUUAUCAAGGCUCAUCAAAAGUACAAAUCCUACAAGAGUGGCCAGUCAUCGUCUGAUUACACCUCUAAGAAACCAACGCCGUUUGAGACGCGAAAGGUGGGCCUGGCCGCGCAGAUUCUCAUGUACCUGACACCCGGCUUCGUCAUGUUCAUCUUCUUCCCGGCGUUCUUAUUCUCACAUUACGAGGGCUGGUCCUACGAUCAGUCGGUUUAUUACGCCUUCGUAACGCUUACGACCAUCGGUUUUGGCGAUCUCGUGGCGGGUCAGGACGAUACGAAGGGGAGUGGCCCAUUCUUCAUUAUGUACAAGAUAUUCUUAAUUUUCUGGAUCUCCUUCGGGCUGGGCUACAUCGUCAUGAUCAUGACGUUCAUCGCUCGCGGUAUGCGUAGCAAAAAAAUCACGAGGCUCGAACAUAAACUAGCGAUGAAUCUCAAGCACACGCAGAGCAAGAUUUGGAACGAGUUUAACAAAGAGGUCAACUACCUGCGCCGCGUUUUUAACGAGUUACAGCUCUCUAAGGUCAAAAGAAUAUACGUUGAUGAGUACGAUUAUGAGAUACCUCCGACGAAAUUCUCACGCAGCAAUAGUUUCCCGGAUCUUCGAAAAUUGACAAUUGGUGGAUAUGUGGAUAAUUGUAUACCACAUCCGCGACGACGAGCUAACAGCGAAGUGGUACCAGCGAUUCAACUGACACGUGUGGUAUCCGAGACAGAUCUUCAAAGGAUAGAUAAGAACGCGACGUUUGCCACACAUGCCAUAGUGCAACCGGCGGAAUUAUUAGCGCGUUUAGUAAACAUCCUCGGUUACAUCCCUCCUCGGGAUGAUUUCGACUGGGAUGAGACCGAGGAUCAACUGAAACAGAACGAUGCGCAGAACGAAAUGCAGCAGAGCAAACCAGUUGAUCAGAGCCUGGCCAACAACGUUACUCAAUGGACAAUCGGUGGUGAGAAGUUUCCGUUUGCCAAGCCUCGAUCUAGGGCGGUCAGUGAAAUGCGACUUUAUGCCAAAGACUAUGCGAAAGAUGAUGUUCACCAGAACACCGAAUGGACUUGGUCCGGUCCAGUAGCCUCGACAAAACUGCAGGAGUUGAUGAAGACUCGCAACACCAUUACCUCAGUAUCUUCGAAUAAUAGUAACAAGCCAUACAAGAAGUUCCCUUCAUUCGCUUUGCCGAUUACCGCGCCCAAAAACUUCUUCCCUAGAUGGAAAAAACACUUUAUGAAUAAAAAAUCAUCAGAUGUCGGUCCUAAUACGGAGAAGGUCAUUGAUACAAUGGAUGACAGCAAUCGGCAGAAUAAUUCGAUUGGUCCGAUGGAUCAAUUACCUUCAUACUUAGAUGAGAGGUACGAUUCGAUAUCGAAAACGCCGAAUUAUUAUACACAUACUGGCUGCAACCUGCCAAGUUAUAUGGAAAACAAUAAUUUGUUGGAAGAAACGAGUUUGGCAGAUUUCCUUAGAGCAUUGACCGCUCUGCAGGCAAGAGUAGGAACGGUUCCCGACGAAUGCAUUGCCAAGCCCAAGAGAAAAUUAGGGACGGCUUGUCUGAGCCCGCCAAAGCUACCCAGUCUGUUCACUCUGUUUUCGAACACGUCCGGUUCAGAUUCGGUAACUCACAGCAAUCAGAGUACUGUCACAGAUGUGAACUCGCAUCAAUCGAGCAAAAGAAUGUCUUUCAAAAUGCCUGAGAAUGGUUAUUCCGGCUCCACCACACCUACGUCUUAUAUGAGGAAGGAAAGCAGUGCUGUGAAGCCUAGAAGAUUCUCUUUGAGACCGGUGAAGACCCCAGUGAAUUCUGUCACGCCACCUGAUUAUGCAUCACCACGGUCAUCGCUACGACUUUCUCAGAGAAUGACUGAUCGAAACUUCCAAGUACCUUAUACUUCGACGGAACCCUUCAUUUCCGUAUCACCAAAGGAACCGCUUGUCAACAUGGAGGGACCACCAGGAAUUUCGUCACCGAUUAAGCAGCCGUUUAAUACUCGACGAUUCUCCAUAAGAUCCGCUCAACUCGGCACGCAACCGAGUGCAACGAAUACAUCUACGCCGUUACACACGCCAAAACCGUUACCAAGGUGGAAAGCGGGUAUGCUACAGCGGCAAAUCACUCAAAUGAAUUUACGUCGUCGCGUUAGGGCGUUUAGCCUUAGCGAUGUUUAUUCCGACAUACGUGAGAGAAGCACUAAUCCAAUUAGCCCCCUCGCCAUGGAUACCACCAACAAAUUUGUGGAUGUUAGUAAAUUGAGCAACCCGAAUCAGAAGACAGUGACAAUCAAGUCACCGGCAGAGGAGAUGAAUAUGACUUUGAAAAAUAAAUUUCAAGAUUCUAUGGUAACUCCCGAAAAUUUGAAAGAUGAACAAAUUUCGUCGUGGAGGAAUCAGGAAGACGUAACUCCGAUUAAAUCUUUGUCCUUCAAGAUUUCUGACGAGCCAUCCGCGGAAUUGAAUGAAUCCAGGAUUUCAAACAUUCUUGAAGAUAGAAGAUAUUCUCAAGGAAAUAGCAAUUUUAUAUCAGUUUAUGAACCGGUUUAUAAAUUAAGAUCCUCUGAUGAGAAAUUGAUAAAUGAUACAUUGGAUAAGACAGUUCAAAGGGAAGUGCAGGAGAGGAAUAUGGAUGUCAAGGACGCUUCACUUAAAAUGGAGAAGCAGAAUGAUAUGCAUAUGUGUAUAAUUGAUAAUUUAGAUGAACCUCAAGAAGCGAAGUUUUCGACGAGUAGCAAAAAUUUUCCAGAAUCGAGAAAGGAGAAGCCUAGUGUGCCAAUAGAUUUUUACAAACCACUGCUACAAGCAACGAUAGAGAAGCCAGCGAUCAAUCCUUUCGAGCAAUACAGAGUUAUGACAAAAUCUGGUCAAACGAAGGACGCAGAAUUGACCGAAAUCAAAGUUGAAAAACCUCAUGAGAAAUGAAGAAAAAAAUGAUCUAUGGGCUAUGUGGAGAACCUAAAAAUUAAAAAUAGAAAAGUUUGGAGUCAAUUUUUUUUGUCGAAAGUAUUAAGGCACUAAUAUAAUCUAAAGUAUAAGCAAUAUUUAUAGAAUUAAUAUUUUUGUUAAAAAAAAUAGACUUCAUAUUAUGUGUAUAAGAAAUGAUAUUAAUGCUAUAUAUUUUGUUAGUUUUUGAGAACUUUCUAAUAUAGCACUUGACAAAUCCGUAUUUCGCCUCGAAAGGCUGCAUUUAAUAUAUGAAAAAGGGAAAGUUGUGCAAGUAGAAGAAAUAUAAUUUUAUACAUUGAUGAAUUUUAUGCGUCGAUUACCUAAUGGGCAAUUUUUAAAAAAGUUGCAAUUUUACAAAAAGUUGAUCAAUUUUGUGGAAGAUUAACUUUAUUAUUUGAUAUAUAUAAGAUAUCUAAUUCUUCAAACUAAUUAAAUUAAUUUUUUUUAGAAAAAUGAAGAG